UUCCCACAUGUGGGAGUCACAUGAAAUCGGACACUUUCCUCAACGCGAAAGACGCUAGACGAUGGAUUGAGGCAAGAAUAUAUUUGCUCUGUACACAGAACACAGAGAAAAACGUUGCGCAGAUCUAAUGUCCUUAGAGCGCGGCAGUAAAAACGAAGCCUGAAGUUUAACUCGCGGACAUUUGCGCGGCUCUCCUCCAGUGAGCAUCAGCUUGAGCGAGAACCUGCGGCUUCAUCCCACUGCACUCCGUAGGUUGUGGAUGGAAAACAAGGCAAUGUAUCUGACCACCACCAAUGAGGACAGGGAUAACAGCUCAUUUUAUGAGGAGGGCUAUGAUGGGAUGAAUCUAUCAAAACUCAACCUGUGUGAAGAAGGUUCAGCAAAGGGCAGGAGAAAGACUAAUAAUUGCUGUUGUCAGUUGGAUUCCUUCACUGCAAUCAAAUAUGCCAUUGUGUCCCUUUAUAUUCUGGUACUGCUCACCAUAUUUGGCCUCUGCAUAGCAGUAUCAAAAUCCCAUGCAUCCUCAAAGAGGGAAGAAGCACUGCUGGAGAAUGUGACUCGUCUGGGAGAGCACUCUGAGACCUUGCAGAGAUCUCUCAGCCAACUGCCCUCCCAAAGCGACCUUCUGGAGAACAUCUGGAAGCUUGAGAGCCUCUUCCAUAAUCACAGCGAACAGCUGCAGCUGUUAGGACGACUGGCACAGGGCUUGGAGCGUGACGUCAAAGAUCUGCAGGCCUUCUCCGAACACACCACAGACUCUGUGGCUCAACUCUGGGAGCAUCUGGCCAUGAUCAGCCACUCCAGCCAGAAGAACAGCAGCAGUCUGGGAGAAGAGUUAGCCUUUGCUGCUGGCUCUAUUCGAACCCAGGACGCAAUUUUGAAGACGAUGGUGGUGAAUGUAGAGACGCUACAGGAGCGUCUGGAGGAGGUGGGAUGGACAGUACAGACAUUAAACCAUUCGCUUAGUGGAGAUGUGAGUCUGCACCAGGUGAAAAUCUGUGAACUGCAGGAGAAGAUUGGGAAUGUGUCUCAUGACGCCACAAGCAUGAGGAUCACACAGUUACACCUGGAGGAGCAGCUCAGGAAUGAGAUUGACGUGCUGAAUGUCAUCACUGCAGAUCUGAGGCUCAAGGAAUGGGAGCACUCCAUGGCACUCAAAAACUUAACUGUAUUACAAGGACCACCAGGACCAAAGGGUGAGAAAGGUGAUGUGGGGCUCCUGGGACCAGCUGGACUUCCUGGUCUGACAGGAAUAAGAG